CAGAGAAAAUGGCGGCCACGAGGAAUGAUGAUGAAGACAGGACUUGGGUAGAAGUUAAAGAAGGACGGGCAGCAGUUCUGUACCCAGCUUCGGAAUCAGUAUUUUACAACCCAGUGCAGCAGUUCAAUAGAGAUUUGAGCAUUCUUGCGAUUAAAGAAUUCAUUUCGAUUUAUUGCAAAGAAUGGGAGGAAAAGGAAAAGACAAAACAAAGUAGACAUACGAAAAGCUCUCAUAAUGAAAUGUUACAAGAACAGCAAAGCAGCCAAGGUAUGGAAGCUACUCAUAGACCCAAAGUACGUGUGAUGGAAGGGCUUGCAGCGACAGGACUGCGGUCGAUAAGGUAUGCACUGGAAAUAGAUGGCAUUGGAGAGAUCGUAGCUAACGAUAUAAGCAAAGCUGCUGUGGAAAAUAUAGAGCGAAAUGUAGGGCAUAAUAAAGUUGACAGCAUAAUCAAGCCAAGCCUUAAUGACGCAGGGCUUCUCAUGUACCAAAACAAGUUCCCACUUUCAAAGAGGUUCCAGGUCAUUGACUUAGAUCCUUAUGGUUCACCUGCAUCAUUUCUUGAUGGAGCUGUACAAGCAGUUGAUGAUGGUGGCCUUCUUUGUAUAACAUGCACUGACAUGGCUGGGCUCUGUGGCAAUCAUGGAGAAGCAUCAUUUGCAAAAUAUGGUGCAAUGCCAUUAAAAUCAAAGUGCUGCCACGAAAUGGCCCUGAGGAUUGUUUUAGGAUCAAUUGAAGCCCAUGCUGGAAGAUAUAAAAGGUAUAUGAUGCCUCUGCUCUCUGUUAGUGCUGACUUCUACGUUAGAGUCUUUGUCAGGAUAACAACAAGUGCCAGCGAGGUAAAGAGAUCAGCCAGCAAAAAGUCGUAUGUCUUCCAAUGUGUUGGCUGUGACAGUUUUCACCUUCAGCCAGUUGGCAAAAGAAUUGAAGAAGGGAACAAGAAAAAGUACAAUCCAGGCACAGGUCCUGUUGUUGGAGAAAGCUGUAAAGAGUGCGGCCAGAGAUUUCAGAUUGGCGGACCAAUUUGGUCCGAGCCGAUGCAUGACAAGAAAUUUGUAGAAUCUUUGCUCAAACGGUUAUCUGAAGAAAAUGAACUAUAUGGAACAUCGCAAAGAAUGAAAGGAACUUUGACGGUGGUGUCUGAGGAACUGGAAGACGCUCCACUGUACUAUGUUAUCGACAAAUUAGCGAACGUGAUUCACUGCUGCGUACCAUCAAUGCUUCAGUUCAGAUCGGCUUUGAUCAAUCUUGGAUACCAGGUUUCCUCAACUCAUGCAAACAGCAAUGGGGUGAAAACGGACGCACCACCUUCAGUAAUUUGGGACAUUCUAAGAUGCUGGGAGAAGGAGCACCCGGUUUCUGAAAAAACAAAGACUGCGCAGUCACCUGCAGCAGCAAUUUUGUCAAAGCCACCAAAAAUAGAGGCAUCGUUUGUUGUGGUAGAGGAAGCAAAUCCUAAAUCAAGAAAAAUGAAAAUUUCCAGGUUCCCAGAAAACCCACUGCCUGAUUGGGGGCCCAAAGCCAGGGCCAAAGGAUCAACAAAAUUUCAGUCAUUGUCUGAGAAAAGAAAACAGCUUCAAGGAAAGAAAACAAAGAGGAAAGAAUUGUCAAGUCAUCCAUUAACUAAAGAUUUUCCAUGCAAAAGACAUAAACAAGGGCUCUGUGAAUUCUCUUCUGAAGACUGUAGAUACCUUCACAAAGAAGAAUCGACCAUUAUGGCUGGAUCCCCAGAGAAAGCUACAACGGAGGAGUGAAACCAUUGUCUUUAACAUAGGAUAUCAGCACACCAAAUUCUGUAUAGAAUCUGUGAAAUCAGGAAGUAAUAGCCAACAAUUCAUUUUUAAAAAUUGGGUUCCAAAAGUAGCUGAUGCAUUCAUCUUUGCAUCCCAUAUUUCUUCCUGAAAGAAAAAAACGUGGUCUUUAAUAUCGGUUUUUGAAUUGUUUGUACUUGACUGAUCUCUCGGCGAGGUAAAAUUAUAUCUGACUUUUUUUAUCAAAAUCUUUUUUCGUGAAGAAACAAAUUAUUUACUUGUACACACUUUUUUACACAAAAAGCAAUGAUCACAAAAGCACAAAACGUUUUCCAAGUAAAUUCUAAAAUUAUCAAAAUCACAGAAUUUUAAAUCUUGUUCCAAUCAAAAUGAUUAUUUUAUUUUCCACGAGAUACCAUCUAACUGUAGAACAAGAGAUAUUAUGCGAGGUGUUGUAUAAGAUAUUUCUUUAAAGAUAUCAUCGACAUUCAACUUAAGUUAAAGAUAUCGAUUUUUUAUGUGCAAAAACAUUCCUGCAAUCACAAAUGUAAACCUUUUCACUCUAUUGGCUUGAAAAAAUAGUCUAGUUUGAAGGCUCAAAAAAUAAGCAAACGGGUGUAGGAUAGUACUUAAAGAUGAAGCUGUCGUGAGUGAAAAAUAUAGUAAUAAGUACGACAUGGUACGGUUAAACCACCAAGAAAAGAAAGCAGCAAUGCAGUUUGAGGAUAGAAACAUGGAAAAUACCUAACUUCAUGCAUAUUUCCUCCCCUCAUACUUUUCUUCAGCCCAUAAAACUUCAUUAUCUUAGGAGAUAUAGAGCCAAUGAAAUUUAAACAUUUAGAAAAAAAUAUUGCUCAAGCACGACUAGCAUAUCAAUUUUUCACAAAGGCCUAUACUCCAUGACGAAAAUGUGUUUGACGAAAAAAAUGCCUUCGGGAUAUUUUUAGGGAAACAUUUCCGCAAAGGAAUAAUUUAAACUGGCAAAAUUUUUACAACAAAGACAGUCUCAUUGAGUAUUGCCUCUUUAAAAAUGUUUUGAUUGACUCCAAAUCAUAAGGUAUUUAGAUUCUAAAUGUUAGUACGUACUUGUCCGCUCGUACGCAGCUUUUUCGACUUGCGUAUGACAUUGUACAUCCUCUGAAAAAAACUUAAGCCCUGCAGUUUUGAAGUCAGUCAAAACCAAUUCAAUAUGACCAGAAACUGCAAGAAAUCAACAGAGAUUGGCAGAGGCCGUUUUUAAGAAAAAACAGCAACUUUCCAUUUAAUGCCAAUUUUUUGUAAAAACGAAGUCUUUAGGCGUGCAAAAAUGGUCAAGUUUUUGAGGUAUUUUUCUCCAAAAUUGCAAUAUGAUCAGAGAUUUAUCAGGAUUGGCAAUGGAAGCUGUUCUUAUGAAGAAUUUAUGACUCUUAAGGACACUCGAUUUUUUGCGAAGAAAGCACGACUCUAGGCUUGCAAACAUGGUCAUAUUUUGGAGGGGAUUUUUUCUCCAAAAGCAGACGGAAUCGUUACAAUAUAAUAAAAAACAACCAGAAAUCAAUAAGGAUUGGCAAUGGACGCAGUCUUCUGUUUACCACUUUUUAUGUCCGUCAAUUUUGAAGGGGAAUUUGUUGUUGCAAAAUUAGACAGAACCCAUUUGAUGUGAUAAAACCGCUCGAAAUCAAUGUAGAUUGUGAGACGAAGCUGUUUUAUGGAGAAUUGGCGACAUAUAAUGACUACUGAUUUUUCUAAGAAAGCAAGUGUAGUUUCGUGCAAAAAUUGUCAAAUUUUUGAGAUGAUUUUCUGGCACCAAUAUUAGACAAAAUCGAUUCGAUGUGAACUGAAGCCACUGCAAAUAAAGUUAGAUUGGUAGAGGCGACUGUUUUUUUGGAGAGUUGAUUACUUUAAAUGACUAUCGAUUUUUCUUAAAAAGCAAGUCUAUAGGGUUGCAAAAUUUCUCGAAUUUUUUAGGGGAAUAUAUUCUCAACUGUAAGACAGAAUCGAUUUAAUACUGCCAGAAGCUACUGGACGACAAGACUUUUAGGGUUGUCGUUUUUAUGACGAAUUGACGACAUUAUGUAUCUAAAAGUUUGUUGGCUUGCAAUAAUUUUCGUAAUUUUUCGUGGGGUUUCAAAUUGUGGAGGUGAUUUUUUGCAUCAAUUUGAUGGAAUCGUUUUCAAGAUGCUCGAGAACUACCAGAAAUCAAUAAAGAUUGGCAGCAGAAGCUGCUAUUAUGGAGAAUAGGCUUCUUUUUUGACGGUCUAGUAGCAUUUGGAAUUAAGUUUUGCAAUGCCGGUGAAAUGGAAAUUCUGCUCACAACGAAAAUCUAAUAAAGUGCCAGGUUAGUCAGUUACUUCGUCUGUAAGUUAUUUUGUAGGUUAUUGUUUUGAAAACGACUAUAUAUGUCAGCCAAGUAGGUAUUAAAACUUAUUUGUUAAAAAAGGAUUUGACUUGUUGUGGGAAGUUCUAUUUAUUGAACGUAAUUUUCUCAGUUUGUUGUGUUUCUCAAUUUAAACUCUCUACUGAUCUGUUAAAUUUAAUUUUAUGCCUUGUUGUUGCUACGUCAUCAGAAUGUUGCCACUACUUAUACAUAAUGAUUAAGACUAGAAAUGCAUCCUUCCUUUGGGGAUUAAGCCAUUUCUAAUGACGAAAUACCUACUGCUUGCUUUUUACCAGUUUCUUGUGAAAGUACUAAAGAAGAAAUCUAUUAUUUAGAUUAUGCUCAUUUGUGAUUUUCAAUUGAUCUGAGUCUCCGAGAUAUUUAUCGUUGUUCCUAAGCUGUUUUGAUAUUGGGCUUGCUUGAUAUGUUAUUUCUUUGGCUUAUAGCACAGCUCACCCUUGGUUUAUGUUUGUCAAUACAUCGGUGAAUUCAAUACUGUUACAAUUAUCUCUAUUGCAAACAGAAAGCACGUCUUGGUCGAACUCAGAAACAACUGACGACAAAAAUAAAAGCAGUUGUUUGUUAUGUCAGCAAGACAAAAUGGGGGAGAUUGGAAGUCAAAUGGGUUAGUCAUUUGUAUGAGUCAAAAUCUACAAAGCCUUCAAGAAAUGGAGAAAGGAAACAUGAAUAUGGACUUGUUCAACAUUUGUCUUAUACUUUUGAAGAAGUGCUGAAGGAAUCAUUCAAACAUAAGGAUGUUUGCCCACUAACAUUUGUACAUUUACGUUUGCUCGCGGUAAAAAUCAGAAUUAAUUUAGCCGGGAUGAAAGUUUUAUAUAGAAAACAAUUUUGAAAUUAGAUAGCUUUGGUACGUAAAACUUGUUAAAAUAGCAUUUACUUAUCUAAUUAAUUGGAAUAUUAGUUUUAUGUGUAAAAUUGUUUGAAAAAAACGUCAAAUAAGUUUCAAGUCAGCUAAUGCCUUAUGUGCCUAUGCUGUAUUUUCUGGAGUCACUGUAUUUGCCUUCAAAUCUUAACAGGAUUUUGAUAGCCUGCUUGACACCACUGCAACUACCAGAUUACUGGAAUCCAACCAGUUGCUUUUAAAAUGUCAGAAGCUUUGCGAAGCAAGGAGAGAGGGGACGAUUACUGAACCAAGGACUGAAAGUACUUGCUUUUCAAGUCGCUUUGAAAUAUAAUGCUAACAGAUUGAUAAUUUGAAUUAUGAUAGAAAUUGUUUUCACAUACAUACCUUGAAUAUAUUAUAUUACUGUCCAUCUCCUAUGAUGUUCUACAUAUAAAAACGCCACUAGCUUCCCUGCCACCGUUGUUGUUUUGUAUAUCAGUUGAAGCAAAUAUCGAGUCUUGAUGAAUACGCAUCAUUAAUUUUUUAAGGAAAUCUCUGGCAUAUGUGAUUCUACUUCAAAUCAUUUAUUCACAUAACACAUAUUCUACGCAUGUUGGCUUAAAUAUAUAUUUUUCAUAAAGAUGUGGUAAAUUCUAAAUCCCAGAUUUUAUUCUUUAAUUAUAAUAUAUUUCGUUUUUCCCUUCCUUUUUAUACUUUUUCGUCACAAACAGAAGUAAAUGUCUGAACCUUGCAUGUUGUGUAGAAUUUGAUCGACUAUUUACCUGCUUUUGUAGCCAUUUUUGUUCCUCGUCUAAUGUCAGCGAGUUGAAAAAUAAUGAAUUAUUUCGGUUCCUUUUUAGUGAUCCUGUAGUCAGUAGAAACGGUUUUUCAUUAUAAAACCAUCCUGCUUUUUGGUAAUAUUGGUAUAUUGGUAUUUUUGGUAUGUUGUAUUACAGUCUCUAAUACUUAUAUCUCUGUGUUUGAUUUGCAGAAAACAGAUGUUGAAAUUCAGUUUGCAGUCAUCGUGAUCAUCCGUUCGCACGAAUGCAUAUCUCUAGAGCUUGAAAUCCAAAAAUCUAAAGGAUGUUAUUUCAAACUUGAACCGAAAGCAGGAUGUCAUGAGCACAGUUAAGGAGGGUCUUAAAAAAAAAGACGAGGAACAUUCUCAUGGAUUUGGCAGAGUCUUGAAAAAACAUCUUCGACUCUUGUGUGAAUUUGUGCAAGCAAAACGCCGGGGGAACUAGGAAAAGGUAACAAGUUAGAAAUUAUGUAAAUCAAUUUUCAAAGGCAUUUUGAAAUGUGCGCGGUCUUUUUUCGUUGGCAGGCAUUAAUCUCUGCAAUCAUGAUUGACUCAAGUACCUACAUCUUUUGCAGUUACUUACAAUUGUUUUGUUGUUAAUCUUGUUGAAAGUAAUCUGAAACUACUGCGAACCAAUUAAUUUACUCUCUGGCUCAGCAUACUCGUC